CGGUACCUCGUCCUGUCGCUAGUAACGUCGACUCACUACCGACGACUUUGCGCCGACCGCGUGGCUCUUACACGCGUCGACGAGUGAAUAGACAUAACGAUGGUAGAUACGCAACAUUUUUGUCUGCGAUGGAACAAUUACCAGAGCAGUAUAACGUCUGCAUUCGAAAAUCUACGUGACGAUGAGGACUUUGUGGACGUUACACUUGCCUGUGAUGGCAAGAGCCUCAAAGCACAUCGGGUUGUACUCUCUGCCUGCAGUCCGUACUUCCGUGAGUUACUCAAGAGCACACCGUGCAAACAUCCGGUGAUAGUACUUCAGGAUGUUGCAUUUAGUGAUUUGCAUGCCUUGGUGGAAUUUAUUUACCACGGUGAAGUUAACGUCCAUCAGAGAUCACUCAGCAGCUUCCUGAAGACCGCCGAGGUCCUGAGGGUGUCUGGUCUCACACAGCAGGCUGACGCGACUGAGAGGGACGAGCUAUCGCAGGUACGUGCGUUAGCUGCACGCACCAAUCACGUAUCGCCCCACGAAAAGUUGUCAGACGAGGGUUUUCCACGUGGUGGUUCACCACCAACCCCAGCAACACCAACUCCAACAACAGUACAACAAUUAUUACGUCGCGCACAAAUACGUAGAAAUGAGAGGCGUUCACCAGAUUUACACGAUGAGAGUAUAAAGAGAUCGCGUUUACCAUCACCACCAUUGAACAAUAAUGAUGCAACACCCACAGACUUUUCAAUGGUAAAAAAUCAUUUUUCGGCGAAAGUCGAGGGCAAUGGUUUGCCGGAUGAGCACAGUCGGAUUGAGGAGAACAUUAAGUGUGAGCCGUUGGAAUUGACUGGUGGUAAUGGUGGUACUGGUGGACAUAAUGAGGACUCUUCGGACUCGGGUGCAGCGGCUUCUGAUAGACCACCAGCGUCAGCGAGUAGUAAUGAACAUGAGCAUGAACCUCCUGAACAUCCGUCGACGCCCAAUUUUUUACCAGAGAGUAAAUUGUUCACGUCUACACCAGGAAGCUUUAAUUUCAGUAUGGCAGCGUUAACUACAGAUCACAGUCCAUUAUCAGUGAAAUUUCCAGGGUUGCCUCAUGGACUCCAGACGCCAGAUCUAGCAGGGACAUCACAAGGUCCACCGUCAGCGAUUCUCGCGAUGCGUUUGUCCCAUCCGAUUCACAACAGCCUACUGCCACCAGGGAUAUGUUACACUUGUGACGUUUGCGGAAAGACACUGUCAACAAAGCUAACGCUAAAGCGCCACAAAGAGCAGCAACACUUUCAGCCCCUCAACAGCGCACUUUGCGUCAUGUGUAACAAAGUGUUCCGAACCCUCAACAGUCUCAACAAUCACAAGAGCAUUUAUCAUCGUAGGCAAAAAUAGAGUUUGCCAAUGGGGCGACGGGAGUACACAAGACGUCGAUCGUGAAACGGAAGAAAAAUUGAAAAUUGUAAACAGGUGGAAAACAGGAGACCAAGAGAAGUGAUGAGAGAGGACGAUUGAACCGAAUUGAGAUAUGAGGAAGGAAAGAAUCUAUGAGGGUUUAAUGAAGUGCUUCCACGAGUGUUGACGAGUUCAAAUGGAUAAUAUGAAUGGAUUUGGGAGCGGGAAAGAUUCACUACUCUUCAUCAUCGAAGUUGCCAAAAAAAAUGAUUACAGUUUUAUCGACUGACACACAUUCCUCUGCCCCGUGAUUGAGAGAGAUUUGUGAGAUAUUAAAAAUAGAGAGUGUCGGUGUGACGCUUGCGUUCGUAAUGUAGUAUAUCGACGUGGUCCCGAUGCGGCUUUACGAACUCUGUUAGUUAGGAUUUGUUGAACGGUAAAAGAUGAAAUGAAAAUAGUAACUUCCAGGUGUCGAAGACGCCAUCGUCCAGCAUUUAACUUUAGGAAGAGACAUAAAAAUGUUGAAAAAAAGACUGUGUGCGAUGAAGAAAAUUGAUGACCUACAAGACUCGAGAUUUUUAAUUGUUCCCAAAACGUAAAGUAUAGAAGAUGAGAAAAAAAACUAAUGAAAAUUAAUUUGAGUAAUUGUGCAGUGCAUGAGCCGACUCAAAUGAGGGAGGAGUAGAAAUUUUUUGCGAGAUACUUCACGAUUCAUUUAUUAUUGGAGAAGCAAUGAUAUAAUAUAUAUUUUAUUUUAAUAUAUUCCAUUCCAAUGCGCAAGAGAGUAUGCUUUAAAAGAAAACAUAACGGGGUACCUUUUUUCGUACAAGCGAAGUUAAUACUUGUUUAUCUUCUUUGCGUCCCGAGGGACUUUACGUAAAGUACCUUGAAUCCCUCUAUUAAUGUUUUAUACAAAAACUUCCCAAAUUUUAAUUUUAAUGAUACGAAAUUAGAGUUACGUGUUGUUAUUGCGCCGCCCGAAUAUUUUCAAAAUUCACCAGGAUGGAAUUUAAUGCUAUUAGUGAAAUGGUGAAACGUCAUAAUUCGAAUAUUACAUUUUUGUUGAUGUUGGAAUUAUCUCAGAACUGAUGUUUUGCGAGAUAUAUUAUUUAUACUGAAUGAGAAAAUUGAAUGUGAAAAAACAAAUUUUUAUUGAUCGAGUGAAAAAUUUUAGACACAUAUUUUUGCAUUUCAAUUAAUAAGGAAAAGGCAACAAUUGAAGGAGACUGGAAAUGUUUUUGGCUGACUAGCUUUACGAUUUUUAAUUAUUUUUCGGAGAAAAAAUACCUAUCCAGUAUUCUUCAUCUCAAUUUCAUUUUUGUUAACCCUAGUUGGUCACUUGGUUUUUGAAGUUUUAAUUCGGAUCCCUCUACCAAUUAGCUUAGCAAUUGGCAAAUCAUUGAAAAAAAUAUUUUUAAAAAUUUUAACACUUUUCAGCAACAGUUUUGAUUUUUUAAAGAAUAUUUUACUCAGCCGCCUAAUUGAUAUUACAAAAUGAAAAUGAGCCUUGCGGCAAUUCCCUAACACGAUGACCAAUUUAGGGUUAAUUUUAUUAAAUACUAAAAUUUUAUACAACAACUAAAUCAUUUCAUUUUAACAGGCAAUAUUGACAACUAUUUCAUAGCUAAAAAAUUUAACUCUAGAACAGUUCUCUAAACUUUUCAGUUUAUUCAGUAUCGAAAUAGAUUUAUAUUCAACGAAAUUGAAGACACUAAUUUGUUACAUUUCACCACUUCAUAUUUCAACGGCAUAUUAAACGGGAAACAAAUGACAGAACAGUCCAUUACAUAAACAGAAAACCUCCACAAGAGCAGAGAGAACUGAAAGAACAGAAUGAAAUAGCCGCAAAAUACAUAUAGUCGAACAUUAUAUAUUUUAGUAGGACAUUUCAUAAGAAAACAAAUAUACAUUCUUCAAAGCCUUCUUGAUGGAUUCCUCCUUCUCGUCGAUACAAUUCAAUUGAUCCGAAAAUGUAUCCAUCAUCUUUACGGACAACUGUCAACCCAUCCGCCCCAAAAACUGAUGAAUUAAUUCAUAAAGAAUUAACAAGAUAUCAAUCAAGGAAGCUUUGAUCAAAUCAGAAGGAUAAAACAUUGAAACAAGCCUAGACUAAACGGUCUUAUCGACUAAUCUUAGUGAGUUUGAUGUGACAGACCCCACACAGAACCGACACAAAUCCCCUAUGAUAUAUAUUAUAUUUUGCAGCAGGAAACACAUAACAAAUAUUUGUGCAUGAAUAUAUCUUCAAUCUACACUUUUAAUUACACGAAAAAAAUGAAAUGAAUGAUUCACGUCUACCACCCACAAAAGCGUAUGAAACACGUUUAUUUAAUUAAAUAGAUAAAUGAAAAAGUACGAUAGAUUAAUUUUAAGUUUGUGUCAAAUUGAACUCAAUGAGGGAAGGAGGGAGGGAGGGAAAUGAUGAAAAAAAUGAUAAUUAAAAAUCAUGAUUAAAAUGUUACGAGAACACUCGGGAGCGGAAAAUGAAGAAUGAAGCUUUAAAUUAACGGGAAUUACUGAAAUAUACAGUUUUAUAGUAGUCAAGGCAGAAAGAACUGAUAUUGAUAAUAUUUAAACGUAGGAUUUAUUUGCGAGAUGAAAAAAAUAAUUAACAAAAAAAAGGUAAUAAAUUGACACUUGUGACUACUGUAAAAAUGGCCAAAUACGCGGAUUAUUUGUUGACCCACAGCGAGUGUGGGGCGGCAUUCUAUUGAGAAUAAUAAAUUAUUA